AAAGUCGCACUGCUCAGGCAUGACAGAGAGAAAGAUAGAGAGAGAGAGAGAGUUGGAGAAAAACAAACCUUUUAGGAUACACAAUUUUGGAAUAAUUCAGGCUUGUGUUGGGAUACACCACCGGGAUGAAGUCACCAAAGAUAAAGUCUCAGAGUAAAUCCUUCCUUGAGGAUGAUCACGACCUGAACGCGGUGCUGUGUGAGUUCGACGCGGUUAUUGAGGAUUUCGCAUCGCCCUUUGAGAAGAGACAUUUCCGAUACGACGAGCACUUAAAGACGAUGAAAAGGCGGAGCAGCGCGAGCGUCAGCGACAGCGGCAUCAGCGAUUCAGACAGUGCAGAGUCUCUCAACAGAAACAGCUUCAGCUUCAGCGAUGAGAGGCUCAACUCUCCCGUGUUCUUGCCUUCACCUACCAGCCCUUCAGUCACAUCGCCCAAACCAAAACUUGGUGACACAAAGGAACUGGAAGAUUUCAUCGCUGACCUUGAUAAGACAUUAGCAAACAUGUGACCUGGAGUUAGUUAUCAAGUUUAACACCAUCGGGAAGAGCAAGCAGACAGCAGGCGCAGUCACGGGCACCAACAGCAUGAUGACGAGAUCUCUCUGUUUCCUUCAUAAACACCUACACUAUAAGGACUCAUUGUGCUUCCUCUGGAAAACUUGAUCUGGAAGAUUAUUUAAAUGGCUUUUUAUAGAAAUGAUUAUUGUAAUAUGUAAUAAUUUGUAAUAAUGUAGAGCUGGUUAUUGUAAAUUUUAUCAGUCUUUUGGGAAUAUAUAUUUUUGUAUUUUUAUGUAAAUAUUAAUUGUGUUAAAGUCUAUCGCCUUGUUAUAAGCAGCUUUCGCAUUUAAGAUAUUGCAUUAUUAAUUGAGCUUAACAGAAGUGCACACUUAAUUCACUAGAAAAACAAGAACUGGAAAGCAUCAUUAAGUGUACUUAAUACAACUACCUGAAAUUAAAAAGAAAAACUGUGACUUUAAAGUA